UUUCUCAAACAAUAUCAUUCUUAAUUUCUCAACUUCCUUUACUUCUCCCUCCCUCCCUCUCAUCUCAUUAAUCAAACACCAUUGUUCGUUUGUGUAUUUUUUUUUUCUUAAUAAAUCAUUAAUCAUGUCAGGCUCCCCAACAGCUGUUGAAAUCGAUUUCUUUCGUCUCAAAGACGAAGAAUCAUCAUCCCACAAUAAGAAGCUUGCUGACCACCGUAGUACUACUACUAGUAGUAGUAGAGAUAUACAAGGAGUGAUAUCAAAGAUCAACCCGGAGCUAUUGAAAACCGCCAUUGCAUCCGCGUCUGCUAAGAAACAGAAGACAACUACUCAUUUCGUGAAGCAGAACUCAACUAGUAGCUGGCAUCCUCCUCAUCAUCUUCUUCUUCAAACUCUGCCGGUGUAUAAUAAUAAUAAGCAGGAUUAUUGUGGAAAUAAUAAUAAUAAUAAUAAUAAUAAUAAUAAUGUUAAAAGUCAUAAUAAUGUUGCUCCAUUGACCAUAUUCUAUAACGGGUCGGUUUCGGUUUUUGAUGUCUCUGCUGAUCAGGCGGACAAAAUUAUGAAACUUGCUGAAAAUGCAAGCCCGGGUUCUAAGACUGAUGGUGGUGAAGUAGUUAAUAAUAAUCAUCAGAAUAAUAGUAUUAAUGAUAAUGAUAAUAAUGGGGAGGAAUUAUUAGGUGGAGUGCUGGCUGGCCGUUCAGAUCUUCCGAUGUUAAGGAAGAAAUCUUUGAGACGAUUUUUGGAAAAGCGUAAAGAAAGGCAGGUGACCAUAAAUCCAUACGCGUGUUCACAAGGAAGCGAAUGUUAGCAAUGAAGAAAUACGUAUCGGAAUUCCAGCCAUGAUAUGAAUAUACACAAGACUUAAUUUGAUUUUUAUUCUAUUAUUAGGCAGCAUCACAUAUUCACAAUUUCACAUGGGCAUUUGGUGAAAUUAGGCCAAGUUUAGAUAUAUACCAGUAUGUUUUUUAUUCUUAUUAGGUGGACUUUUUGUUGGUCAACAACAUUACAUAUGAAUAUUAUGACCACGUUGUUUUAAUUAUUGCCGUUUAAAUAAGCGUGUCAAGGGAACAACUAAUUUGACCGACGCAAACGUGACAAUUCAUAUUUAAAUUUAUAUUUGUUAAUUUAUUUAUUUUUUAUGAUA